CUCUCUCUCUCUCUCUGCCUCUCAGCAAAAGGGCGAUAUCAGCGGCACCACUGUCACUUUCAACGACCACACAGGGACAUGUACUGACUCGGAGGACGCAUCGAAACCUGCUCUCCAAGGCGUCAUAUUGAUUCCAGCAUCACUUUGGUGGAUUAUUAUUUAUUGUCAACAAAAAGGUAGGUAGCCCGAGCCUGUAUUUGUAUGAGCGUAAUGCAGGGUUUGUUUUGCAGCGACAGAAAGACAGGCGGGCGCCGCCACAAAGCAGAAGCCAAGGCAGCAUCCCGUGAAUGGGGUAUCGUGUAGUGCUGGGGACAGAGCUCCGCAGAUGUUGGGGCAAGGGGACAAAUCGGCAAUUCAGCUCUUGCGUUGAUUUAGGGCAGUUUUUAGACUGACAAGGCAUCCAGAUUUAGGAGUAAAACACGCUCUGGAAUAGAAGGCAGAAGGUUGAAUGGGUUGGUCUCAUCCAUUUUAUGGAUGCGCAUACAUUCCGCCUGCUAUUCUCUCUCAUUUAGCUCAGAUGCAUAUUCAUUGGACCUUUUGUGUGGUUUUCCCUUGUGAGAGAGCGACCUUUAAAGUCACAAAAGACUGGGUUAUAUAGGAGAUGGAGCGAAAAAUUGCUUUUCUGCAAGCGGUGGUCUUUAGUUGAAGGGUUGCAUUUUGUCAAAGUGGCUUUGAUAUAGAAUCGGCUAAAGAGGAGAACAGGAUGGUAGGCUAUAGCUCCAAACUAUUUUCUCUCCACCGAUGCAGCUGAAGAGAAAAGUUACUUUGGUUCGAGGGCCGCAACGUUUCCUGAAUAAUAAUGUUUCACUAUAAAGCGUCAUUGAAAGAGGAUCAUUUUGUUUGAUCUGCAUGCAGACAGCUGUUCAUUUUGCUUUUAGGCUCAGCAUUUUGCUUAUAAGCAAACGAAUGGAAAACAAAUGAUCCAUCAUCAGACAGCAGACAGACAGGGAGCAACAUCGUGAUAUGGUGACAUUUAGGCAUGUGCAAUGUAUCAACACGUUUCAAUGUUUUAUAACAUUGUCAUUACAUGUUUACGUGCCAAAUUAUCAUUACAUUACAAAUAUUAUUAAGUAGGUAUUAGUUCAUAAUCUCUUGAGAUAUACACGCAUGUAUUUUAUAUUGUGAAGGGUCGAGAAGUGGUCCUCUGUAGCUCAGCUGGUAGAGCACGGCGCUUGUUAUGCCAAGGUAAUGGGUUCGAUCCCCGGGACCACCCAUACACAAAAAUGUAUGCACGCAUGACUGUAAGUCGCUUUGGAUAAAAGCGUCUGCUAAAUGGCAUAUUAUUAUAAGCCAAGGUAGCACGCUUUAGAAGAACACAUGUAUAAACACAUUAGCAUAUGUGCAUAAAAUUAAGAUAAGCCUAUAACAUGACAUAAAAUAACAUGCACAAAUAAAAUGAAUUUGAUAAUACGAAGUUAAAUCGUUAUUAUUAUUUACCAGAUAUUCCUCUAGACACACACGGCUGUUUUAGCCUGCAUGCAAGUGUCCACCCGAUGUGUUUACACCGGCCUAUACGCAUAAUUGAAUUGAACAAGUGGCAAAGCAAAGGUAGAUCACAGCUGCAUAAUUCAGUGAGGCCAGAAAAACUGGUCACCCGUAAAUACACUCUGCGUGCUGCCUUAAUUACAGUCUCGAGAGGGAACGUGGUGGAUUAUGGUAAUGAGGGGACAUACGUUCGGAGAGCGUGUAGAAUGGAGUGAAAGGUUAUCUGACAUGAAACCAGUGACUUUGACAGUCCACUCCAAAUCCAUUCGAUAUGCUCUUUCGAUUUUAUACGGACCUUACCGUUUCUUAUUGCUAUUUUUUCUUCUUCCAGAGGCUAAUUUAAAUAAUUAGGUUAUACACUUAGAAAUUAGGGUUUGAGAUGAAUGUACAGUCCAGUUUGCACUUCCAGCAUAGUAAAGCCUUUGUAAUAAUAGUAAUAAUAAUAUGCCUAAUUGAAGUAAGACAUCGCUGCCAAAUAUAAUUAAUAUUAGGCCUGUAAACAAUAAUAAUUUAGAGACAGUAAUAAUAUAUAAAUAUAUUGUCAUCAAAUUGAUAUUGUAUUAUUAUUGUAUUAUUAUUGUAUUAUUAUUGUAUUAUUAUUGUAUUAUUGUUCUGGUUGUUUAUGUUUAUCAUAAUUAUUAAUAUAAUUAACACCAUUGUUACUAUUCCGUUUAGAACCAUGCAUUCAUUUUCUCACAAUUUACAGCUAUUUCAUCAGCAUCUGGGAAUACCGCGGAAAAUAGGCAACCAACCAUGCUCUUUGAAAUUGAUAGGCCACUAUCAUCCUACAAUAGACUUCAAUUAAUUAAAACGACCGGCCCCACAAAAAUUCCCUUUCCUAGGCCUUGACAGCUGGCUCCAUGCAUUUAGCCAACCCUCUCAUGAAGUGCCAAUUUAUUUGACCUCAUCAUCAUCAUCUAGACAUUUGUAUAUUGCGUCUUAAUUCAUUCUAUCUCUUUCUUUUUGUCUGUUCUGUUCGCAAUCAUCAGUCAACGAUGGAGGAAUCCAGCUCACAGAAGUUGGUUUGGGACGGCGACGCCAAAGCCGUGCAGCAGUGUCUAACGGAUAUAUUCACCAGCGUCUACACCACAUGUGACAUUCCAGAAAAUGCUAUUUUCGGGCCUUGUGUUUUGAGCCACACGUCGUUGUAUGACAGCAUAGCCUUCGUAGCACUCAAAUCAACGGACAAACGAACUGCGCCGUACAUAUUCAGGGUAAGGAAAGACAAAUAUUGUGAUUUUCUAGAAUGAUAAUAUUGAUAAUAUUCUUUAUUUACUGUUUUAUUACAUCUCCUUCUUCAGACUGAAUUAAAUUGUCUGUCAUGGUUGAUUUAUCAUUGUUGAUCCCAUUUCACAAAUAAGAUAACAAAUAUGGUUUAGCAUUUAUAUUUCUCAUGACAUUGGUGUGACACAGUAUACUAUAUGUAUUAGAACCUAUUUGAGGUGUUAUCUUACAAGAUAGCAUGCAGGUAUAAUGCAUAUAGUUGCACAGCCAAAACACGUGAAAAAUUGCCUAUUAAAAAAAUAAAAAAUGGACAGCCUAUGCGUAAGGGUUAGAAUGAAUGUUGGCGCACGGAUUUGUCGUUUGGGUCCAACUAACGGAUUUGCCUCGCUCUCUGUCACGGUUUGACGCGCAGGUGGACACGUCAGCAGCCAACAGCACGUCUGAGGGCUUGAUGUGGCUCCGGCUCGUGCAGUCGGCGCGGGACCGGGACGAGCAGAACCUCGAGGCCUAUGUGAAGAACGGACAGUUGUUCUACCGGUCUCUCCGGAGGAUCGUGAAGGACGAGGAGCUGUUGGUCUGGUACGGGAAAGACCUGAUUGAGCUGCUGCUGCUUAGCGCCGGUAAAGCGCCAGGCAAGACCAAAGGUGAGCAGCAAUUGUAGCAUUACCUGGUACUAGGCUUUUUUAUAUAGGCGUUACCUGGUACUAGGCUUUUUUUAUAUAGGCGUUACCUGGUACUAGGCUUUUUUAUAUAGGCGUUUGCAUUUACCUUUUGCGGCAAUAAUCCAUCAUAAAACAAAACUUGAGGAAUACUGUUGACGUGAAGCUCAUGUUCAAGAGUGUAAUAACCCUACUGUUAUUGUUUAAUUAGGUAAUAUUGUACAUGUCCUAUCAUUUACACCCACAGUAUCAUUUAAUUUUAGGGUAAAUUAAUUUGUUCAGAAAAUACAUGUAAUAAAUCUUCUUUAGGCCUAUUUAUUAUUUCUAAUAAUCAAUAGCUCAUAGUCCUAUUGUGGCUAUAACAAAACAUUACAGUACUGUUUUUCUUCUUUCUGAAUGACUGACAAUAUUUUCCCUCCAUUUCCAGGGUCGGCUCCCUAUUCGUGUCCUGACUGCAACCAGCGCUUCCAGUUUGAGUUCCCUUUCCUGGCCCACCUGAGGUUCCGCUGCACCAAGAGACUACAGAGCAUGGCGGCGGGCGAUGUGGACGAAGAGGUCCUCAGUAAGGAGCCAAGCACCGAGCGCCCUAACCCCAACACUACCACCACCACACCCACCAGAGCUAGCCCUAAACUGGGCCGCUCGGAAGGGGACAGCGCCAAACCCUCCACAGACUUCCAUAACUUAGCCAGGGACCUAGAGAACAGCCGGACUAGCCCGCCCAGCGACCGCGAGGCUGAGAUCCGCAGCGAGAGCUCUGGGAAGAGGAAGUUCUCAGAGGUAGAGGAUAGGGCUAGAGAGAGGGACAGGGACGGUAGCAGGGCCUCUCUGAGUCUGUCUCAGUCCCUCAAGUCUAAGGAGGAGCUGGCUAGCUCGGCACAGAACUACCGGGGAGCUUACGGCCUGGAGGAGAACAGACGAGGGCCCACGUUCUCCCCACCAGGGUCGGGAUCCACUGAGUCGGGUGGUGAGGGUAAACGCAGCGCCUUCACUGAGGUCAAGAAGUCUCCACAGAGCCUAAAGACGCAUGGUAACAGCAGCAGCAGCAAAAACCUCCAGAGCUCCAACGCCGAAAACAAGGACGGAGGUCGGCCCAGCCCCGGCAGCAACCCUGCCCAGGAGAAGCAUCUUAACAUCAGGCAGGUUCUGUCGGAGACCCAGCCUGCCCAGUCCCAGACCCGCAUGGAGGCCUCUCCUCUAGGGAGCGCCUUCACCUCCGUAGCCCAGCAUGGUGGGGGGAACAGUGGGGAAAGGAAGAGCGCCUUCAGCCAACCCUCCCGCCACUCUACCUCCUCCUUCUCCCAGAUCUCUCCUCUGGUCAUGACCACGUCCAAACUCCUGGACUGCCACCCGGCGGUGGGCGACACCAUCUCCUCCUCCAGACUCUACCAGGCAGACCACCUGGCCGCCAAACUCCACGGCGCCGAGCUGAGCACCAACUGCCCCGUGCCGGGCGUCAUGUCCAAGCAGAGCCCGUUCCUCUACGCGGCGGCUGCUGCCACAGCCUUCUGGCCCAAGAGCCAGGGCCCCAUCCAGCUGCAGAUGCCCUCAGCGCUAACCUUACUACCACCAUCCUUCACCUCUCUGUGUCUGCCCGCCCAGAACUGGUGCGCCAAGUGCAACGCCUCCUUCAGGAUGACCUCUGACCUGGUGUACCACAUGAGGUCGCACCAUAAGAAGGAGUUGGCCAUGGAGCCGAUGGUCAAGAGGAGGCGUGAGGAGAAACUCAAGUGUCCAAUCUGUAACGAGUCGUUCAGGGAGAGGCACCACCUCUCGCGUCACAUGACCUCCCACAACUGACUUUUAGAUCAAUAACAAACCGUUUUCACACUUCUCGGCCGAGCCAAACUGAGCCAAGCUGAGCUGAGCUGGCCGGGUUACGGAAUUGCAUCAGGUGAAGGAACCCUUUGCCGGAAAGAAUAUAUACUGUAGCCGAGCCAGCACAGUAUGGCUUGGUCAUCCAUGAAGUUACUGGGACAGACCAUAAAGGACAAUGGGAAGAUAAUAUACAGUACGGUUUGGGUCGGCACUAUAGUGGGAAAAGGGUAUCACAUCACUGACCAUGGGGAGGAACUUUUUUACCAUCUGGUUCACUCAGACAGACAGACAUGGAAUUACUGACUGACUGGCUGACGGACUGGCUGACUGGCUGACUGGCU